CUUAUCAACUGGGACUACCUGGGCUUCCUGUUCAAGAACAUCUCCCCUUACUUCUGGUCAAGCUUGGGAAUAGGGCUUUGUGUUGGACUCUCCGUCGGAGGUGCUGCCUGGGGCAUUUUCAUCACAGGAAGCAGCUUGCUGGGAGCUGCCAUCCGUGUUCCACGCAUUACCUCGAAAAAUUUGAUCAGCAUCAUCUUCUGCGAGGCAGUGGCUAUCUAUGGGGUCAUUGUGGCGAUCAUCCUGCAAACCAAGAUAGACUAUGUGGACAAAGUACCAACCACAGGGCUGUAUCCCAUACCAGCAAUGACUGCAGGCUAUGCCAUUUUCGCAUCUGGAAUAACUACAGGCUGGGCAAAUCUGGCAUGCGGUGUCUGCGUCGGAAUUGUGGGCAGCAGUGCGGCGCUCUCAGAUGCACAGAAUGCAACCCUCUUUGUGAAGAUCCUGGUCGUGGAAAUCUUUGGCAGCGCGCUGGGCUUGUUUGGGGUCAUCAUUGGCAUCAUUGUCGCUGGC